UAUCCUUGUAUCGUUCGUGUCACUGAUGGCAAGAAGGCGAAAUUCUCCAAGAUUUUAUCAAUAGACCUCGAUAAAUUCCACUCUGCUUACGGUGCCCUGCUCAAAUCAUCCAUGACCACCCUUCGCAAGCGCGACAAAAAACAUGAAAAGCAACGCGCCGAACAACUCGCAAAGAGGAAGCAGCGCAUGGCAGAUCCGGUUGUUAUCGAUAGACCUAAGCGAGGGAACGGUCGACGCAAGAGGCAACGACAAGUCAAGGCAGCCCUUAAGCAUGCGGACAUGAAGGAGCGCGCAGCCAAGAGAGAAGAGGCACGAACAAAGCAGUGA